AUGUUUGCAAGAAAGCUAAAGUCUUCAACGAAUGCACACACCUUUAUAAAAUCUUACUUAAAUAAAGAUACUGAAAAAAUGAUACUACUGAAUGUAUUCGCAGUCGUCCUUCCGUGUGUGCUGGCGUCGAGGACGCGCGGCUCCUCGGGGACUUUAGUUGACUUCACCGACCCAAAGGUCCAGGGACAUUUAGAUGCUCUAGUACGGAUGGCGCAGUCGUGCGUGAUAAAGGUUCGGGCAACUCCGAAAGACGUGAGGGCUUACUUUACAAACUCCUCGCCCGUUUCAAGAUCCGGACAGUGCUUCGCUACCUGCAUGCUCGAACAAAGUGACAUAAUAAAUCACGGAAAGGUCAACAGAGACCUUCUGGUACACCUGGCUGGUUUGGUGAACGGCAAGAAUUCACGUGUUGUACGUAAGCUGAACAGUGUCUCCCGUCUCUGCUUGGACAGUAUUAGCGGCAUGACGGACAGAUGUCAAUUAGCUUCGACGUACAAUGACUGUCUGAAUGAAAACAUGAUAGAGUUCGCUUUUCCCCUCGACAUUGCAGAGGAAGCCGUCAGGAAAAUGCCGUUUCAUCUAAUACAGCCUAAUUUGCCGCAAGAAAUGAAGCAUCCGAACUAUUGAAGUCAAUAAAUUAGUGAAGA